AUGUAUGCGAAAUUAAAACGGCAUCCAAAUAUCAUCGAUAUAUCAAAGAUUUACGGUGUUGACUGUACAUGCAGACGCAAACGCAUCACUCACUCGCGGGGUGCGUGCGCGCCGAAGCGCGGACUUUCUCUCCCCCCUAAUAUCCGCCAUGUUGCAGCGGGGCGGCGCGGCUCAGCGACGUCCGCAGACGACGAGCGACCACGCGGCCUCAACCUCGUGAACAAGCAGGCGGUGCUUCCGUUCGUACCACCUGCGUUCCCGAGCAACGCGCCCGAUCGUCUUAUCAAACCCUCGGAAUAUUUGAAAACAAUCACGGCGCCGUGUAAGCGAGACGACAGCGCGGCGGAGGCGCGACCUCCGCCGCCGCCGCCCGUGCCGGCAAUCAAUGUACCACCGCCGCCUCCACAACCGCCUAUCAACCUCAGCCAUCAACCUCUGGCAGCGAUCAGUAGCGCUGAACUCUCAGCUGUGAGGCUAAGGACUCCUGCCACAAAGACCUUGUCAGCACCACCACCGGCUCGCUCGGUUAGCUUACAAUGCAUACCCAGCGCUGCAGAGUUUUACAAAAAUGUCAAGACAGAUCUCAUAGAAGAACUCAAGAUGUCAAAGGAUAUUACAGGAAUAAAGAAAAUGAAAGUGGAACGUGCGCGAAGAGAAAGUCUUCAGGAUAAGGAGACAUUCACGGAGUUCACAAAGAGAUUCACCGCCGAGAACUUCGUUGAUCAGAGUGAUGUACAGGUGCCGGAGCGGGACGCAGCUGGCAAUGUGAUCCCAGCUUGGAAAAGACAGAUGAUGGCGCGCAGGGCCGCUGAGAAGGCAAGAAAGGACCUCGAGAGGGAGCUGGCAGGAGAGGCAGAGAGGCGACGAGCUGCUGCUGUUCCUGCGUGGAAAAGACAGCUACUCAUGAGGCGAGAGGAAGCUGAAAACAGGUUGAGACAAUCAAUAUACACACCUAAAGUAGAAAACACAAACGGAAAGUCAAACGGCGAGUGGCGACAGUGUCAACGUGCCGUAUCAAUUGACAAUAUUUCUAUGUGUUACGACACUCCUGCGCAGCCGAUGCGAGCACCUUCAGAAGCCAAGUUUUCAACAGAACACUGUAAUGGUCAUUCGACGUCUAACGGCAAACACGAGCCUGAGGCAGAUAGCGCUAAAAUAAUUCCGUGGCGAGCACAAUUACGUAAAACUAACAGCAAACUAAACUUGCUCGAGUAG